CUUUAUACAUUUUUGUUACAGAAUCAGAAAAUAGUAGCAGAGAUGUCGGUUAAUCGGAUAUGCGGGCUACACCUGGGUUCCGUAGGCGUUAUAGCCGCACUGUUGUACCUCAUUGACAUAUCUACAGCAUCGUUAGAUGGUUACAUAGCAGGGCAGGACUACCCUGCCUACGAGGAGGUUCCACAGGGCCUAACCUUUACGUGUGACGACAAAAUACCCGGAUACUAUGCUGACCCAGAGACCAGCUGUCAGGUAUGGCACUGGUGUGUACCCAGCAUCGGUGGCAAUAUCCAAUACUCCUUCAUCUGCGCUCCGGGGACUGUCUUCAACCAGAGGACGCGAGUUUGCGACUGGUUCUUCGCGGUGGAUUGCCCGAAUUCUCCAGCGUACUACGCCAUAAAUGAAGAUCUGUACAAAGACGAAGCUGGGAACUACAUUGCUGGGAAAAAGAAGAGAGGAACAAGUAACACGGUGUAUGACAGACGAUUUUCGACCAGACAAAAAAGACACGAAGGUAGAAGGCGAACAAACAGACAAACAACUACGACACAACAAUCGACUGAUGACCACUAACCACUUAUAUUGAAGUUAAGGACAUUUUUGUAUACUCUGUCCACGGGAAGAAGUUAGUAUAGGGCUAUCUCUGUUGUAUAAUUCCAUACAAAUGACAGAGAAGAAAAUCUCAGUGGGCGUUAACCAUUGAGAGUCACCAACCAAUCACAAACAUGUUUUCAAAAAAACAUUCGAAAUUCAAUUCGAAAAUAUAUUUUCGUUUGAGAUAAGUUGGUGUCUCAUAAUGGUUAACGCUCACUGAGUUUUUCAUCUCUGUCAUUUGUAUGGGAUUACAUAACAGAGAGAGUCCUAUACUAACUUCUUUCCGUGGAUAGAGUAAAGGUAAAUAUGAGUAAUUGUCAAGUCUCAGUGUUCGUUCUAUUUUCAUACAAUACCUAAUUAUAAUAUUAUAUAUUUUAGGCUAGAUAUUAUUAUAUCUUGCUUGAUAAUUAUCUACUAAUUAAUCUCCUUAUUCUGUCAACAAAUACUUACUGUAUCUAAUAUUAAUUAAAACAUUUAUUUUUAAAAUGUCAGUUACCAUCUUUUCUGUAUGUUUCGUGUUAAGUCAAUAAUUUGUAAAUAAUUAGGAACAAAACCUUUUUAUUUUUAUAAUAAAAUGCUGCGUAAUUAA